AUGACAGGUGAAAUCAUCACUAUCCAGGUUGGUCAAUGUGGUAAUCAAGUCAGUAAACAGUUCUGGAGCCAAUUGGCGAAGGAACACGGUAUUGGUGCUGAUGGUAAGAGCUUACAUCCUAGUGACCCCAAUGUUAUUCGAGAAGACGAUACAAAUGUGUUUUUCAGGCAAAAUGAUCAUAAUAGGUAUACGCCAAGGGCUUUAUUAUUCGAUUUAGAGCCAAGUGCUAUUGCAGAUGUUCGGAAUUGCUUUCCGGGAUUUUUUAAUGAAAGAAACGUUUGGAUAUCGAAGGAUGAAUUAGGUGCCGGUAAUACGUGGGCUAUAGGGUAUGAUUAUGGGCAGGAGAAUCAGGAUGAGUUUUUAAAUAUGAUUGAUAAGGAAAUUGAUGCUACGGGCAAUUUUGAAGGGUUUCAAUUAAUACACUCUGUUGCUGGUGGUACUGGAUCUGGUUUGGGAUCGAACUUAUUGGAAGCACUUUCGGACAGAUACCAUAAAAAAAUCGUGAAUACUUAUUCUGUGUUCCCAAGUAGUGAGUCUGAAGUUGUAGUUCAGCCUUAUAAUAUGGUUCUUACUUUGCGCAGGUUGAUAGAUAAUAGUGAUGCAUCGGUUAUAUUUGAUAAUGAGGCAUUGUUGAAUCUCACAGCAAGAGUUUUCAGAGAUCCUAAUACCAGUUACCAACAGACAAACCAACUGAUAGCAAGUGUGAUGUCCUCCAUCACAAACAGUUUAAGAUUCCCCGGAUAUAUGUACAAUUCAUUCCCUAGUAUUUUUUCAACACUUAUACCCACACCAGAACUCCAUUUUCUCGUGCCAAGCUUUACUCCUUUCACUACAGAUUUUGUGCCAGGCGCUAAAGACUUCAAAAGAUUAUCCGCAUAUGACGUUAUACUAGAUCUAUUUGAUAGGAAUAACUCAAUGGUAUCACGCGAAACGGAUACUCCGCGGUACCUGGCGAUAUACGACGCGUUGCAAGGUUCAGUUGACCAAUCCGACGUUACAAGAGCUAUAUUAAAGACUCAACAACGAACAAAGUUCGUUCCUUGGUCUCCAACCUCGAUCCAUGUGAACUUGGGCCGAAAAUCACCCUAUAACUCAUCUGCAAACUCAGACUAUGUCAGCGGCAUGAUGUUGGCAAACACUUCUUCCAUUGUUUCAGUAUUUCAAAAGACGGUGUCAAGUUUUGAUGUCAUAUUUAAGAGGGGAGCCUUUUUGCAUAAAUUCCAAAAUGGAAAGAUGUUCCAACAUGGGUGGGAUGAGUUUUUGGAAUCAAGAGAAGUCAUUCAGGGUGUAAUUGAUGAGUAUAUUGCAGCAGAGCAAGAAAAUUUCUUAGAUGAUAUACUUGUGGGAGAAGAUAAUGUAGUAGGAAACGACGCCGAGAUGAUUGAUGUAGAAGGUAGUAACGAUAUUAUAUAA